AUGUUCUGCACAGCGUGCCGUCCCGGGGAGCUGCGGGCCCGGGGAGCAGACAGGGGUGGGUGCGGGUGUGUUCGUGCGUGUGUGUGCGGGAGGAGGGCGGGCAGCGGCGCGGCGUGUCCGCUCUUGCCGCCGCCGCCGCGGGCGGGACUCGCCGGGCGGGGGCUCGGCGGGGAAGGGGCCGGGGCGCGGCGGCCGCCCCAUUGGCUCUUCCCGGCGGCACAUGUCGCCGGCCCCGCUAUAAAGACGGCCGCGGCCCCACUGCAGCCCGUCCUCCUGCCUCCACGCUUCCCCAGGGAUACCGCCAGCUCCAGCGCCGCCGCCAUGGCCAUCGAUGCGUUUUUAGGCAAAUGGUGCCUCAUCUCCAGCGAGGGCUUCGAGGAGUACAUGAAGGAGCUGGGUGUGGGUAUGGCCAUGAGAAAAAUGGGAAGCAUGGCCAAACCAGAUGUUUACAUUAUUAAGGACGGGGACACAAUCACCGUAAAAACAGAAAGCACCUUCAAAACUUCACAGUUCAGCUUCAAGCUUGGUGAGAAAUUUGAGGAAAACACAUUAGAUGGCAGGAAAACUCAGACCCUUGUCAGCUUAAAAGAUGACGGGUCAUUGAUUCAAGAGCAGGAAUGGGAUGGCAAGAAGACCAUAAUAACACGGAAACUAGUGGAUGGACAAUUGGUGGUGGAAUGUGACAUGAAUGGUGUCAAGUGUGUUAGAGUCUACCAGAAAGCAUGAGGACGUCAUCACAUUCAGUAGGAACUUGCUACAAAUAACUCAGUUCAGUGGACAGAGCUCCUUUACACUCCGUAUUUUCCUUUUCCCUGUUUUCUAGUAUUUCAAUGGACUGAGUAGCUGAGUGCCAUCCUUUUUAAAAGCCGUGAUGUAACUAUUACGUAACUAUUCUGAACUUACCAGGCUGUUAAAUAAAAUUGUCAAAUAUA